UUCUGUAUCAUACCGGAUCAAUAUGCAUGGCAGAAGCAACCUGAAUGAGUGUCAUGUAUACACGAUAGUCUGCUUGUUGUUUUCUGUGUCACUGUAUACUCGGUUUUGAUAUUGAAAUAAUCCGGUAAUAACAAUAUGUUGCUUUUUCUUGGUUAUAGUGCUGCUGAAAAACAAUAACCCACAAGUCGUUAUUUUUGCACUAAUCGUUGCUGCUGUGGGAAAGUAUUGCAGUAUUGAUGUUUACAGUUUUGCUUCGUUUAGUCUGUGUGUUCGUAUCGACUGCAAAACAACUGUUAGUGUGUCAUUUCAGCGUGCUUUGUGGAUUUAACUGGCUUAAAUGUGUAUACUGUAAUAAAUUUAAGCGACAUUUAUAAACUUUCUGAUAUAAAGUAAAUCAAGCGAUAAACAUUAUGUUUUUAAGAUCUAUCAAAGAUAGCGACAAUUCAUUCGACGAUUUUGCCAUUCUCCUUGCGUCAUGCUCUUUUUCGGUCGUACAGCAAGGAGUCGAUCAAUCCGUAAUUAAGCUGACUGCGUACCCCGGUAAAAUAGUGAAACGAAUUAUUGUGCGGAUUUUUCUAACAUUAAUGAUAUCAUGAACGUUGAAUGUAGUGGUCACUCAGUGGGUGACCAACGAAACGACGGUGACAUCGAUACGAAUGACGUCAGAGCUGACGUAACACUGGGAGUUGAUAUCCAGGCGGAAGAUGAUUGGAUGCAGUAUGCGGUCGGAGACAACCCUCCUAUCCUGUUAUCUCUUUUUUGCGGACUUCAGCAAGUGUUAUUAAGCAUCAGUUCUACAAUAUCCAUUCCGCUGAUCGUUGCCAGGGAGAUCUGCGCGGGCGACCUUGACCUUGUCAAGUCUGAGAUCCUGUCGACCUUCCUUUUUAUGUGUGGUGUAUGUACCAUCCUUCAGACCACUGUUGGUGUAAGACUUCCGAUUAUCCAAGGCGGUUGCCACAAGUUCAUCCCGGCCGUGACCGCACUAAUGGCGCUCCCAAUGUGGAAGUGCCCGGAUUUUGCGGCGGCCGGCGUUGGCGGUAACGUCACUUCAGGAAAUGGUACAAAUGUCACGUUUGAGCUGGACAGGACUGAGAUAUGGCAGAGUCGGAUGAGAGAGAUACAGGGCGGAAUAAUCCUAGCAUCACUGGUGCAAGUGUUUAUUGGGUGCACGGGAAUUCUGGGUUUCAUCCUCCACUAUAUCGGACCAAUCACUAUCGUGCCUACCAUCACACUGGUCGGACUGUCGCUGAUUGACGUGGCCCUCAGAUUCUGUCAGGUCCACUGGGGAAUCAGCUCAUUGACGGUGUUUCUAGUGUUCCUGUUUUCUCUGUACAUGACUGAAAUACGGAUCCCGUUUCCCGCCUACAACCGCCAAGAAAAGUGCCACAUUACUAGAUACCCGGUCUUCAAGCUACUCCCGGUAAUAUUAGCGGUGUUGAUAUCCUGGUUGACGUGCCUUGUUCUCACACUGACAAACGUGUUCCCACCUGAUCCCGACCAUCCGGCCUUUCAAACGCGUACAGACGCCCGCCUUUCCGUCCUCCCGUCCGCCAAGUGGUUCUACUUCCCCUAUCCAUUUCAGUGGGGAACUCCAACUAUCAGCGUCUCCAGCUAUAUGGCCAUGUUGGCCGCGACCUUCACCUCAAUUAUAGAGUCUACAGGCGAUUAUUACGCAUGCGCAAGAAUCUCGUGUGAGGCACCGCCCCCGGCGCACGCGGUCAACAGAGGAAUCCUGACGGAGGGGUUCGGUAGCAUAAUUUCCGGAAUCGUCGGCUCCGGCGGCGCUACGACCUCAUAUAGUCAGAACGUGGGAGCUAUUGGAUUUACUAAAGUGGCCAGUCGACGCGCGUUCCAAGUUGCUGGUCUUAUCUUUGUGGUGUGUGGCCUUUGUGGUAAGUUUGGGGCGGUACUGACUCUGCUGCCGGACCCUGUGCUGGGCGGAAUCGUGCUGGUCAGUUUCGGAAUGGUCACUUCCGUCGGCCUGUCCAACCUCCAGUUUGUGUCCCUCAAAUCCAGUAGGAACCUGGUCAUUAUUGGGUCGUCGCUGAUUAUUGGGCUGAUGGCGCCCAGAUACAUACAAGACAACCCAGGGUGUAUUAAUACGGGUUACUCUGAAGUAGAUCGGGUGUUGACAGUUCUUCUGAGCACAGCCAUGUUUGUUGGUGGCUUCAUUGGGUUUGUCUUGGACAACACGGUGCCAGGGACGGACGAAGAGCGAGGAGUCCGUGCAUGGCGGAAGAGUUAUGCCGUCGGUGGCAAUAGCGUACUGCCGUCGGCUGAGGGAGACAGCACGUACGAUCUGCCGUACAUCAUGGGUUGCCUCCGGCGGAUGCGAUGGACCAGAUACAUCCCCUUCUUGCCUACUUUCAGCGUCGGAGCCGGCAAAAAACUUUUUUGCAAUAAUUGCUCAUGUUGUAAAAAGUCGAAAUCUUGAUAUCUAUAUUGUGAUAUAUUAUGAAAUGUAUAACGUGUAUUGAUCUAUAUCAUAUAUAUAGCAGAUCUAUAAUGAACUAUAACCAUAUCACACAUUAUGUAA